CAUCAUAUCAUAUGACCGCAUCGUAGUGCACGGACUAGAAGAACCCUCCCGAUUCAAUUAACAAAGCAACACACAGCAUCCAUCCUAUUCUUCCUUGAUAAUAUCAUAGCAAACACGUUGCCCAUCAUUCGACCUUUCAUCAAACAAAAGAUUCUAUCGGCAUUGUUGCUUUCGCGCUUUGUACGACCAGGAGCAGGAGCAAGAGAGAUAACUGCAUUAUCAUCGUCAGCAGCAGCAACAAACACUUAUCAAACGACUGAGAUCCAAAAACCUUUUAGAGCCCAUUUUGCACAUCACGCUCAUCAAGGAGUUUUAUCAGACGAUCCCAAGAAAGUGAUCAAAGAACAACUACGAAAACAAACACAAAACAAAGAUCAAGACGACCCUUUCGCAAUGGAACGAUCAGAGAACGUUUUGGGUGAGAGACUACAGCAAUGCGGUACACAGCCAAUGACUGGCUUCUUCCGAGAUGGGUACUGUAAUACCUCAGCUGCCGAUAAUGGAUCUCAUACAGUCGCAGGAGUAGUGUCUGACGGAUUUUUGUCUUUCAGUGCAAGCCGAGGAAAUGAUUUACGUGGUUUGUUGAGCGGUGGCUGUAAAUGGUGCUUAUGUGCAUCCAGAUGGAAGGAAAGCUUUGAUGCAUGGAAAAGAGGUGAAAUUGAUCGGGAUAGCGUGCCGAAGGUCAUGCUGGAAGCAACUCAUAAACGCGCUCUCGAUCGUGUCAAAUUGGACGAUUUGAAAGCGUUUGAUGUCAAGAGCUCUACCAUCAGUAACCCGUCUGAUCCGGCACAAGGAGGUCCAAUCCGUUAGGGAGAUGUCAUCCAGCAAUCACUUUAUGUAACAACAUCUAAUGACCUAAAACAUAGCGCUUCCUCAACUUGACUGUAUGCGAGUGAUGUGAUAUAACAUUAAAUAAUAAGUUGUGAUAACCCC